UCAGCGUUCCAGCCGCGGGAGGCGGACGCGGUUGCGCGCACGUUCGGGUCCGUGUGUUGCGAGUAUGUACGUCUUCCUGACAGUCAUACGCAAGCUGGUCUCACAGGCACGAUGUCUACCGCUGGCUCUGGAAACAACAACGGCGAUCCGUCGCUGAACGGGUCCUGGGUGGAGCUGGAGAUGAACAGGAACACAGGUCACCCCUCCCAGCCGGCACACCUGACGGUGCCCCCCAUCGCCCCGGGCAACGGGAACCAUGGCGAGGGCCCGGCGGUGCAGGCGCUGGUGCUGACCCAGGAGGAGGAGGAGGAGAGCAUGGCGGGGGGCCUGGAGCACGUGCCGUCGUCCUCCUCCAUCCACAACGGCGACAUGGAGAAGAUCCUGCUGGACGCCCAGCACGAGUCCAGCCGCAGCAGCUCCUCCUGCGACAGCCCUCCCAGACCCCACAGCCCCCAGGACGAAGGCCAGAUCACCUUCGACGUAGAGAUGCCCAGCAGGAGAGAGAGCCAGUCAGAGGAAGAGGAGAAGGACAGAGAUGAAGAUAUUCUGAUGAAGGGGUCAGACUGGGUGGCAGACUGGUCCAGUCGACCCGAGAACAUUCCCCCGAAGGAGUUCCACUUCCGCCACCCCCGUCGCUCGGUAACGCUCAGCAUGAGGAAGACGGGGGCGAUGAAGAAAGGGGGGGUCUUCUCUGCGGAGUUCCUCAAAGUCUUCAUCCCCUCCCUUCUCUUCUCUCACAUCCUGGCUCUCGGACUGGGGGUGUACAUUGGGAAGAGACUGACCACGCCUCCUGCCACAUCCUUCUAAAUGCGAAGAAAUCAAGUGCCUGGGAUCCAUCGAGUUGUGUUGGAAAGCGUCACACUCUUUACACAGUGUGCUCCCACUCCCACUCCCUCUCUCCCUCUCUCCCUCUCUCCCUCUCUCCCUCUCUCCCU